CCCUAUCUCACUUCUCAGCCACAAAAUUGUUAUCAUCUCAUUCUGAAUCUGCUCUGAAGAACCAUGAAAACCAACCAGCAAGAACCCUAACAACUGCUUGUAUUAACGAUUUUCUCUCUUCUAAUUAUGUUUAUAAUUUCUAAUUCACUUACAUAAUUGCUUGCAAAGAACAAACCCUAGAUUUCUAAUAAAUCCAAAUAAACCUAAUCUCCACUCCCUUAAUAAAUCUAUUUGAGGUCGUCUUCAAACUCUAGUAAUCAAGAUUCACUUCCUAUACUUUCAAGAAUUUAAUGUGUAGAGGUUCCUUCUUCCUCAACCAAAAAACCAGGUAUUGAAUGUCAAGCUAAUCAAGCUAGUAAUACAAUUAAGGAAUGCACUGUUGCUUGGGCAUGUUUAGUUCAGGUUUAUGGAUUGAGUACGAUUGUUUUUGUAUGAUUUUCUUCAAAAGAACCAGGCACCUCAAGUUUCCUGCUCCACCAACUUCUUUUGGAUCCUGCUGCACCUGGAAGAACCAGGCCCUUCAAGUUGCCUGCUCCGCCAACUAUAGAUGCUUCGUGCUGGUCACCUCAUGUGGUUUAAAAUUUCUGCACGAUUUUAUUUUGACUUCAGUCCGACUUGCAUCAGAUGUAUCAUGGGGGUUUCUCUGGCCCUUUAUUAACACUCAUGCUGGCGAUUGGUACCCCGCCGAUCCUGUGAGCAAUGACUUUAAAGGUCUCUAUGGAUAUAAGACAACUACGAAAGAUGAUAAUUACCAAGUGCUUUCAAGGUUAGCAUUGCCUCCGAAAGUUGUUGAAAGGUUCAUUUCCGCCAUUCAAGGAAUUGGGACAGCGACAAAUGUGUCUGGAAGCACUCACAAAUUACUGGUAUUUGGGCUUAAGUCAAACAACAGUACUCUGGUGAUAUUUUAGCAGCAGUUGAAUCUUUGCUGAGGAGAUUGGUUAAGCAAGCGGAGUCUGGUGAUACUUCUGGUGAUAUUUAGUGUUUUUUUCCUUGUUUUUCAAUGUCUCUGUCAGUUGACACAAACUAGGUUACCCAUCCAUUUAUAAACAUCAACAUAGAUCGAAUAUUGUAUGUCAGUCACAACAUACAUAAGUUUACUUGUGUACAUUUGUAUCAUACAUCGAAUAUUGUAUGUCAGUCACAACAUACAUAAGUUUACUUGUGUACAUUUGUAUCAACUGAAGAAUCCUUUCUUUUAUGAUAAUAUUAUCUAGU